GACUGAAUUUUAAGUCUAACAUUGCAGGCAUAUUUCUUCAAAUGGCAGAAAUUUCCAACUUAGUUGGUCAUAUAGAAUUAGAAAAAAAAAAAAAAAUUUUGAUGUAGGGUAUAUAAGACAUUAAUGUUUCUUGGCAUUUUGAAAAUUUGAGAUUUGCCGUUACCCAACGCUCUAUAAAUUCCCCACCCACUCAUUCAUCAUCUUAAAUCCCCCAAACAACCUAGAGAAAGCUUGCGAAACAUACACAGCUUCACCAUACCUGCCUCUUCCUGCCCAGGGAAGGAAUGAAGAGCCUUUGUUUCAGCCCCAGGACGGCUUCCUUGUCCAUCUCUCGCCAAUCCAACUCACCUUCGCUAUCUAGUACUGCUCGCCGUAGAUUCUCCCAAUCCGAGAUCGAGCAUGCCAUCGACGCCGCUGCCGCAAUCAUCAUGAAAUGGGAUGCCGAAACGUCAGCUUACGCUGGAGUUACCUCUCUUUUCCACGAAAGCAAGAGAGAAGCCAUGCAGUUCACAAAAUCCGUCAACGAGCUACAAGAUAUCAUGCAUUUGCUGGUUUCUGAUCAAGAUUCCGGUUCGGAAAAGUUCAGUCAGGCUCAACGUUUGAUGCAGAUCGCAAUGAAGAGGCUUCAAAAAGAGUUUUACCAGAUUCUGUCGACGAACCGGGCGGAUUUGGAUCCGGAAUCCGUUUCCACCCGGUCAUCACGGACUUCCACAAGCAUGUCGGAUUAUGAUGAUGAUGGCUUGCCGGAUGAUGAGAUUCGCCCCGCGGGGGAUUCCAUCACUGAGUUAGAGGAUGUUUCUUCUACGGCUAUGUCGGACCUGAAAUUGAUAGCAGAUUGCAUGAUCGCUUCUGGUUACGCUAAAGAAUGCAUACGAGUAUAUAAAAUUAUUCGAAAGUCGAUUAUCGAUGAAGGCAUUUACAAGCUGGGGAUCGAGAAACUAAGCUCGUCUCAGGUUAAUAAAAUGGAUUGGGAUGUACUCGAUUGGAAAAUCAAGAACUGGUUAGAUGCCGAGAAAAUUUCGUUGAGGACACUUUUCAAAGGAGAAAGAAUCCUCUGUGAUCACGUCUUUUCUUCGUCGGAUUCCAUCAAAGAAUCUUGCUUUGCGGAGAUCUCAAAAGAAGGCGCCACGCUUUUGUUUGGAUUCGCCGAACUCGUCGCCAAGGCUAAGAAAUCGCCGUUGGAGAAAAUGUUCCGUGUUCUCGAUAUGUACACGGCUAUUUCAGAGGAUUGGCAAGAGAUUGAAACGAUCUUUGCUUUUGAAUCAGUUUCAGCCGUCCGAUUGCAAGCUAUUAACUCGCUAGUUCGACUCAGCGAGUCAGUCCUGUCGUUGUUGACGGAUUUCGAGUCUACAAUCCAUAAGGACUCCUCCAAAGCGAUGACUCCAGGCAGUGGUCUGCAUCGUUUAACGAUGUACUCGAUGGAUUACCUCACUCUCCUUGCCGAUUAUGGUAACAUCCUCACUGACAUUAUCUCGGACUGGCCACCACCAGCGAAGUCAUCGUUACCGGAAUCUUUCUUCGACAGUCCGGUUUCCGACGAUUCUCCGAGGCCUGCGAUCUCCGUCCGCAUAGCGUGGCUAAUCCUCGUCCUACUCUGCAAACUCGACUGCAAAUCAAAGCAUUACAAAGACGUCUCAUUAUCGUACCUAUUCCUAGCCAACAAUCUCCAACAUGUAAUCUCCAGAGUCCGUGCAUCCAAUCUCAUGUAUUUACUGGGCGAGGAAUGGAUAACGAAACAUGAAGCCAAGGUGAGACAGUUCGCGGCGAACUACGAGCGGUUAGCUUGGGGCCAAGUGUUCGCAUCAUUGCCGGAGAAUCCAAUGGCUUCGAUGACCGGCGGGAAAGCUAAAGAAUGUUUCAUGAAAUUUACUUCAAGCUUUGAAGAUGCAUACAGUAAGCAGUGUUCUUGCGUCGUACCCGAUCUGAAACUGCGAGACGAGAUCAAGGCUUCAAUCGGGACAAAAGUCGUGGCAGUGUAUAGGGAGUUCUAUGAUAUGCAUAAAUCAACGGUGGGAGAAGAAAGUAGCGAGAAAUUAUUCGUCCGAUUUUCGCCUGAAGAUGUAGGGAAUUACUUGUCGGAAUUGUUCUUUGCGACGGUUAGUUCGGGAAGUUCAUCUACAUCUUCUUCAACAUCGUCUCAUCAUCAUCGGUAUAUGCGCUCACUCUUACGAGCGUAGAGUUUGUCUUUUCUUCUUAGGAAAAAAAAAAGUUAUGGAGAUUUUAUGUUUAUGUAAUCCUCAAUAUCCUUCCGAGGUAGUCAGAUACGAUUUUUUAACGAUAUUUUCUGUAAAUGGUCUAAUUCCUGAUUUUCAUGUCCUCAAAUAUAUGCUUUACCAAUCAUUUCAUUCA